AUGGUUAAUCAACUAAUAAUAUAUAGGGCAGUCAUAGCAGGUAGUUUGGGAGUUGGCUACUUCCUCUAUAGAAAGAUGUUGUCAGCAACUAUGAUCAAUCAUAAUUUGUUAUUAAAUUAGUCUCAAACUAAUGAUCUAUAUUAUAGAAACUAUGCUCAAGGAGCAAACAAUGCUAUCAUUGCAGGUCAUAGUGUUAAUAGAUAAGAAGAUAUAAACAAGAGAAAGAAAGUGCUAAUUAUUGGUGCAGGUAUUAUUGGAAUCGCAUAAUCCUUAAAAUUACUAUCAGAAGGUUAUAGUGUGAUCUUAGUAGACAAGGAUUAGGAUAUAGCUUAAUAGGCUAGUUAUUACAAUGGAUGUGUUUAUGUACCGGAAUCUGUGAAGACUAUGAUCAAUACAGCAAAUAUGUGGACUAUGAUUAAGAAUAUUUUUAAGAAUCCUGAAGACACUACAUUAAGAUUUAAUGUGAAUGCUUUCUUUGAGAAGUAUUUCAUGAUUUGGAGUUUAAAUGCCUUAUUAAAAACUACUACCAAUUCAUUCAUUAGUUGA